CCACAUGGGUGGUUCCCCGUGCGGGUUGUGCUGUGCAGUGAGGCGUUAGCAUGGCACCACCCUGGUCCCCCAGAUUGCGUGGCUGCUAUGAGGCUUCUCGAGAAAUCUGCAUCUGUCGUCGUUGUAGUGUUGGAAGGGGGAGCAGACGGAAGGGUGGGAUGCGACGCGAUGCGAGAAACAUCUCGCAUGCCGACGACUCGUUAUUGUCAACUGGGGAUCAGCAGAUUGCCAUCAGCCGCACAUCACGGCUCCGAGGGUUAUCGUUCUGCACCUGACUCCUUUUCUUAGAACCAUGGACGAACGGAAGCGCGUUCCUGAGGCGCGAUCGCCCUUCCUCCUCCGUUUAUCGGCAGUUUAUAUUGAUCCCGUACCCGGAGAGUUGAACGUAUUCCGCGGUGACUUGCGUCGAGUUGACAGGCAACAAGCUAUAAUUUCUAUUCAUUCAAGCUUCUCAUCGGCGCACGUCCCCUCACACGUUCGGCUCACCCCCCAGAAGCGUCUGAGCCACCGCGGCAGUUCAAUCCGUCCAUCUAGCACCUCAACGGCCGGAUCAUCACCUUCGACCUUUGUUGCCCCUGAGUCCUCACUGCCCAGAGUUAUUCUGUUCACAGGUCGCAGGUGGACGGCGCGGCGGGAACCAUCGGGCGGUCCUGCUGCUAAGCAUUGCGAGCGCCAGAUCCUGAACGCAAUUUUCGCCGCCAAUACUAUUGACAAUGGCGCACCGCCAAGCCUGCCGCGGCCAUUCGCCGCUUCCCUGCUCUUCUCGGCCCUGCUCGCUCGCCCUUCUCCUGUUCAUCGUUUCAGCCGCCGCAGCCUCGGUCCCCUCCGUGCAAGCCAUUCGGCCAAACGAACUGCUUCGCGCUAUUUCCGCCGUGAAGACACAUUACCGCUUCCGACCGUACGCGUUUCGUCUGCCGUUUCCGCGAAGUUCACAAACGUCGCCAAUGGCUGGAGGUGGAGGUGGAGGGGACGGGGGCGGCGGUGACGGCGGAAAGGGAAAGGAAGUUCCUGCUUACGUCAAAUUUGCUGAAAGCCUCUUGCUGGCAGCAGCAGGAGAGGAAGGCCCCAUAACGAUCCUCAUUCCACUGGACGUUACAGAAUACUUCACUACCAUGAAGGACUACAGUGCAGAGCAGCGCAACGUGAUACUGAAGUACCACAUGGUACCGAAACAGUACAAGUUCAAGAAGCUGCAGAAGGAGAAAGCAGGAUACAAGAUCAAAACCAAGGCGGAGGGGCAAAAGAUAUCCAAGAUGACUGGAGAUGCGUUCCCAGCCAUUGUGCUGAUGGGGAAGAAGGGCAUGCCCUCGAUAUUGGUGGGGCCAGAUAUAUUUAUAGGUGAGACCCUGGCCAUUCACCUUGUAACAUCUAUGCUAUUUCCCAAGUUUGAGUAAACCAGAGCAGGAAGUUACGGUACAGCCUAUUUGUGUGUUAGUAGAACCCCCCUUUGAUUGUGAAUA